AAAUGUCAUAACAAAUACACGUUGAAUUUUUGUGGUUGUAUCCUUUGAUUGUAUCAAUAAAUGUUUUAAAAUAAAAUGGGUAAGAGACGAUAUAAUGCAAAGGCUCGGCAAGUGGUGAAAACGAAUAUCGAUAAUUCUCAAACAAAUGAGAUAAAACUUGAAUUUGAAACCAACGAGUAUGGGUCUACUGAUACUAGUAAUUUAUUGGCACUGCCUUCAACAAAACGAAACACAAAAAUUGUAUCUGAUAAGAAGGAAAAAAUCAAAUUCUUGUCUAAAGCUCAUAGGAAGAGACUAGAAAAAAUUGUUGAUAAGAAGAAAAAGAAAGAAAAUAGAGCAGCUUUACUAGAGUCCUUAUCAAAAGUACAAGCGACACCGGAGGAAAUACAACGUUUGACGACAAUUUCAACUGUUCAAACUCUUGGGUUACGUAAACUGAAUGAAUAUAAAUCUGAAGAAGUAGUACAUAAUGCAGAACUCCCUCAACAGAAGAAAUUUAGUAGUAUAGCAGGUGCAAAGAAGAGGCUUAGGCUAUUACGAAUGGAUAAAACAGAUGGUUAUAAGAAAAAGAAGUAUGAUCCUAAUGUUAUCGGUCUUGAAGAUUCAACUGAUAAUGAAUCUGAUUCUGAAACAAGCGAUACAUCACUUGCUGAAGAAAGUAAUUCAUCACCAGUCAAAGACAGUGAUCAAAUUAAAAACGAUAGUGAAAAUAAUUUAAAUACAGAAGAUAAAAACAAAAAAGAAGUUAUUGAUAUAUCUGAAGAAAAUACUGAAAAUAAAGAAAGCAAAUUAAAAACAAUAAACAAUAAUGUAAAUAAUUUUAAAACAACAAAAAAAAUUAUUUUUGAUAAUGAUAAAGUAAACAAAGAUGUAAAACCACAACUUGACUGUCCUAAAACGCGUGUUGAAAUAAAAAGGGAUCCUAAAGUGCAAGUGGCGAGGUUGAAACUACCAAUUUUAGGUGAAGAACAGAGAAUAAUGGAAAUAAUAAAUGAAAACGAAAUUAUCAUAGUGGCCGGAGAAACAGGUAGCGGUAAAACAACACAAAUACCUCAGUUUCUAUAUGAGGCCGGAUAUGCUGAAAGUAAAAUGAUAGCAGUGACUGAACCGAGAAGAGUAGCAACCGUAGCGAUGUCAAAGAGAGUUGCUCAUGAAUUGGGUUUGACAAGUAAAGAAGUGUCAUACUUGAUGCGUUUCGAGGGAAAUGUUACUAAGGACACCAAAAUUAAGUUUAUGACUGAUGGUGUUCUCCUCAAAGAAGUCCAAACCGAUUUCCUUCUAAGCAAAUAUUCAGUGGUAAUAAUCGACGAAGCUCAUGAACGCAGUGUCUAUACGGAUAUAUUGCUGGGAUUGUUAUCGAGAAUCGUCCCUUUGAGAAGGAAAAGGGGCAGUACAUUGAGAUUAAUUAUCAUGUCAGCCACACUAAGGGUUGAAGAUUUCACCGAAAACACAAGAUUGUUUAAAACACCUCCUCCAACGGUUAAGGUGGAGGCUCGACAAUUUCCUGUAACGAUACACUUCAAUAAAAACACUUACAGCGAUUAUUUGAAAGAAGCGUACAAAAAAACUGUGAAAAUACACACGAGACUCCCGGAAGGUGGCAUACUUAUCUUUGUUACGGGACAACAAGAGGUAAAUUACUUAGUACGUAAACUAAAGGCAACCUUCCCAUAUCGCAAAGACGUGAACUACUCUAAGCUUAUAACAAAGAAGAUUAAUAAAGAAGUUGAUACCGCUUUGGACUCCGAACCUGAGGAUAUUGAAUCUGAUGAUGACGAGGUUGAAAAAGAAAUGAAAAGGAUGAGGAAAGCGCGUAGAAAGGCGAAACAAAAAUCGAAAACGUUACCAAAGAUAAAUUUGGACGAUUACGACAUGCCAGAAGACGACGGACAAGCAGAUUUGGUUAGCGAUGAAGACAGCGACGGGCACCUGAGUGAUUCAGAUACAGAAGAUGUCCUAGCACCGGAGAUAAAGUCCUGCCGUCAGCCGCUCUGGGUGCUUCCACUGUACUCAAUGCUUAGUUCAACAAAGCAAGCUCUUGUUUUUGAACCUCCCCCCGUUGGAGCAAGACUGUGUGUUGUCAGUACUGAUGUGGCUGAGACUUCACUAACUAUACCAGCCAUCAAAUAUGUCGUGGAUACAGGGAAAAAGAAAAUGCGGGUAUACGACCACACGACGGGUGCGAGCGCGUGGCGCGUGGUGUGGACGUCGCAGGCGAGCGCCGCGCAGAGGACGGGGCGCGCGGGGCGCACGUGCGCGGGGCACGCGUACCGCCUGUACAGCAGCGCCGUGUUCCAGCACGAGUGCGCGCCGCAGCACGCGCCCGACCUGUGCCGCCGCCCGGUCGACGACCUCGUGCUCAUGAUGAAGUGCAUGGGCGUCGACAAGGUUGUGAACUUUCCGUACCCUACGGCGCCAGAUAGAAUGCAAUUACGUUUGGCAGAACAACGACUCGAAGUUUUGGGUAUAUUAGAGAAAUAUGAAUCAGCGAAAACUAGGAAACGCCAUGACGGAGAGGUUCUCAAAGUGACUCCUCUCGGUAAAGCCGUGUCAGCGUUUCCGUUGCUGCCGCGCUACGGGAAGAUGUUAGCUCUCAGUCACCAGUUCAACUUGUUGCCCUAUACCAUCGCACUCGUAUCGGCGCUAACUGUUCAAGAGGUAAUGAGCGGCAAAGCAAACAGUUGGCCUGCCACUGGGAACACACUGCUAUUAGGGGAUCCGGGAGUCUUACUGAGAGCGGUAGGGGCCGCUGAAUACGCCUACGUACAAGGCGAGGAAGAAUUAUUCUGUGCGAAAUAUGGCUUAAGAGAGAAGGCAAUCAAAGAAAUACGCAAGCUUCGCAAACAGCUAACUUCCGAAAUAAAUCUCAGCAUUUCUGGAGUGAAUGUCAGGAUUGAUCCGGAAAUGAAGCCACCAGAUGAUAAACAAGCAAAGUUGUUGAGACAGCUUGUAUUAAGUGGUCUAGGCGACCAAGUUGGAAGAAAGAUAGGACUGGAUGAAGUUAAAGAGGGUGAAGAUAAAAGGAAAUUCAAAUAUGCGUACCACUGCAGUAAUUUAGACGAACCAGUAUUCCUUCAUUCCGAGUCGAUACUACGUAAGAAUAUACCAGAGUGGGUCGUGUACCAAGAGUUGUAUGAAACAGGGGGUGAAGAUAGAAAGAAAAUGGUCAUGAGGAACGUUACCGCUAUAGAACCAGAAUGGCUUCCAGUUUACGUUCCGAAGUUGUGUAAUUUAGGCGAACCUCUAUCAGAGCCAGAGCCUAGAUACGAUGAUGUAUCCGGCCGAGUGAAGUGUCACUUCAAAGGUACAUUCGGGAAGAGUUGCUGGGAGCUGCCCGUCGUCGAGAUCGAUUAUCCGGACAAAAUUGAAAGAUACAGAUGGUUCGCAAGAUUCCUCUUAGAGGGUAAAGUGUUUCCAAAACUGAAGAAAUACGCUUCAUCGUUGCUAUCGCCGCCUUCCACUAUGAUCAAGAGCUGGGCAAAGUUGCAGGCCAGGACAGAAGUUAUAUUAAAAGCAUUGAUUGCAAGAAGAGUCGGGACUAAAGACCAGUUAGAGAACGCUUGGAAGGAACAGUCUAAUUAUCUAUUGGAUGAGUAUCUGAAAUGGGUUCCCGAGUCUGCUCACAACGAAGUAACACUGUACUGGCCGCCUUUAUGAUAAUCUGUUCUUGAAUAUUUUGUAAAUAUUGUAAAUAAAUAUAUCAUUUAAUU